AUUUAUUUUGUAGUUAUGAAAAUUAUUCUUAAAUUUUUAGGCUGUGUAAAUGUAGUUUGUUCUGAUAAAACUGGAACUUUAACAAAGAAUGAAAUGACUGUCACAAAUAUUAUUACAUCUGAGUUAUAUCAUGCAGAAGUUACAGGUGUUGGUUAUAAUAAUGAUGGUCAUAUACUUUUGGUUGACUCAGGAAAUAGUGAUCUUCAACUUAAUUCAAUUCGCUUACUAUUAAAAGUUGGUUGCAUAUGUAACAAUGCUGAUAUUGUUAAUGGACAACUCAGAGGACAACCGACCGAAGGUUUAAUAUAUUUUGUAACUAGAUAA